AUGAGUCGUGCUGAAGUUGACCUUCAAAUAAGUGUCAAGAAAGCUUGUAGUACUGAAGAGGUACCACCUAAAAGAAAACACGUUAGAGCAUGUAUUGUGUAUACUUGGGACCAUAAGAAUUCCCGAGCCUUCUGGAAUGCCGUUAAGAUCCAACCACUCCAAAGUGAUCAAAUUCAAUUAUUCAAGUCUUUAGUUAUGAUCCAUAAAGUUUUACAAGAAGGUCAUCCUAAUACUUUGAAAGAUGGUUAUCGUAAUAGAGAUUUCAUUGCUUCAUUAGCAUCAGUUUUUCCUAGUCAUGGUAAUGCCUAUGGGAGAUUAAUCAAUCAGUAUGAUAAAUUCAUCUUGAGAAAGUUAGACUUCCAUAGAAAUAAUCCAAGUUUUAAUGGUAUGUUUGAAUAUGAAGAAUACAUUUCCUUGAGAGCAGUCAAUGAUCCAAACGAAGGGUAUGAUGCUAUUCUUCAAUUGAUGGAUUUACAAGAUUCAAUUGAAGAAUUACAAAAACUUGUAUUUUCAACCAUCAAUCAAACUCCUAAUAAUUUAUGUAAGGUUUCAGCUUUGAUACCAUUGGUUUCUGAAGCUUAUGGUAUUUACAAAUUCUGUACUUCAAUGUUAAGAGCCAUGUAUCAACAAUUGGGUGAUGAUGAUGCUUUGCAAGCAUUAUUUGAUAGAUUUGAUUCUCAACAUUUUGUUUUAAGAGACUUUUUCGUUGAUUGUAAUUCCAUUAAAUUUUUAACAACUUUGGUGACAAUCCCAAGAUUACCAAGUUCGCCUCCAAGUUUGAAAGUUGAUGCUAAUGGAGAUGUUUCUAGACCUAUCACUCAAGAAUCAACUCCUCAAAUUUCAUCUCAACCAACAGGUGUCGAAUCAAUUCCUCCUCCAGAACCUACUGAACUGAUGAUGUUACAACAAACAGGAAUGUUUGAUCAACAACAAUUAGAACAACAAAGAUAUCAACAACAAUUGGAAGCUGAACGUCAACAACAAUUACAAGCUCAAAUGUACCAGCAACAAGCUUUUGAACAACAGCAAAGAGAUCAACAGCAAAGAUUCUUACAAGAACAACAAGCCAUCCAAGCCCAACAAACUCAACAACAAUCAAGAGUUUCUGAAUUGGAGAAUGACUUAUUGAUGUUUAAAAAUCAAUAUGAUAAUGAUCAACAAUUGUUACAACAAUAUGAUGCUAGAGUUAAAAGCUUAGAGACUGAAUUGAAUCAAUUAAAUGACAAUGCCACUCAACAAGUAGCUUCUAAAGAUGAACAAUUAAGAGUUUGUGAAGAACAAAUCAACAAUUGGUCAAAGAAAUAUGAAUCUUUAGCCAAACUCUAUUCCAAAUUACGUCAAGAACAUCUUGAUCUUUUAGCAAGAUUCAAGAAAAUUCAACAAAAGAUUAGUUCAGCUCAAGAAUCAAUCCAAAAGAGGGAGAAGUUCGAAAAAGAAUUGAAAUCUAAGAACAUUGAAUUGGCCGAUUUAAUCAGAGAAAGAGAUAGAGCCAGAUUAGAUUUGGAUAGAUUGAGAGGUACUAAAGAUCAAGAAAUCGAAAAGUUGAAAGCUGAAGUUAGAGAAUUAACUGCUCAAUCUAAUGAAUCAGGUAAAUUACAAUCAAUGAAUUUAUCAUCAAUUAUGGCCACUCAUCAAAAAGAGAUGGAUGAUUUGAAAGCUCAAUUAGCUGAAAGAGGUCCUGGAAAUCUUCAAGAGUUAUUGAAAGAAAAAGAGAUUGAUUUAGAAAUUGCUCAAGAAUCUUUAGAUAGUGCUUUACAAGAACUUGCUAUCUCUAAGAAUGAUCAAGAAGAUAUUGUUAAUGCUGAAAUCGAUCAAAUUCUUUUGAAGAACGUCGAAAAAUUCAGAUCUUUAGUUGACUUGAUUUUAAACAAUAACAUCAAAAGAAUCCAAUCCACCAAACAUGAAUUGGUUUCUCCAAUCCAAGCAGGUAAUUUAAAUGCUUCACCUGAAUAUUUAUUAUCCAUCAUUGAACAAAGUUCGGAUUUAUCUUCAGAUUUUGCUAGUGUUUUCAACGGUUUCAUUGUUGAUGGCAAAAGUAGUUACGAAGAUGAUUCUUCUUAUUCUGCUAUUAUUUUGACUAGUUCUGAUUUAACCACUUCUAUCAAUGAUCUUAUGCUUAAUGCUAAAGGUCUUUUAAGAGCCAUUCCUCAAGAUGCUGAACAACAAGUUCUUGACUUCGUAUCUGAUAUUUUAGAUGACACCGAAAGUUACUAUACUGACAUUCUUUCUUCAAAUUUGGAUAAACUCAAAGAUGAAGAUGACAAGAUUGAUAAAGUCAUUGAUUGUAAUCUUCAAUUACAACAUACUUUCCAACAAUUCAUUACGUUUGUUGAAACUUUGACAUCUAAUAAAUCCAUUAAUUGGUCACUGAAAAACUUGGAUAAAUUAGUUGAUGAUGAAAUGAAACAAACUGCUGAAGCUGUUCAAUCUGCUUCUAGAUUCCUUGAAGGAUUAUUAGCGGAUGCCAACAUUAAAGGUGGUGAUAUUGAAGUUCAUGAAGCUAUUUUACAAGCAGCCAAAGCUGUUAUUGAAGCAGUUUCUACAUUGAUUAAAGCAUCAACUGAAUCGCAAAGAGAAAUUGUUAGUAAAUCUAGAGGUAACCAAACUCGUACUGAUUUCUACAAGAAGAACAAUAGAUGGACUGAAGGGUUAAUUAGUGCAUCCAAAGCUGUGGCUGGAGCCACUAAUAUUUUAAUUCAAACUGCUGAUGGUGUUCUCCGUGAUACCAACUCCCAUGAACAAUUGAUUGUAGCUUCUAACGAGGUAGCUGCUUCAACAGCUCAAUUAGUGGCAGCAUCCAGAGUCAAAGUUAAUUUCGUCAGUAAAACUCAAGAUAACUUAGAAACUGCUUCAACUAUUGUUUCAUCUGCUUGUAAAGCUUUGGUAUCUAAAGUACAAAAAUUAAUGGACAAGAGUGAUUAUUAUAAUAAUGACGUGGAUUUGAGUAAGUUGACUCCUUAUGAAGGAAAGACUGUCGAAAUGGAACAACAAGUUGAAAUCUUGAAAUUGGAGAAUAUGUUAAGUGCUGCUAGAAAGAGAUUAGGAGAAAUUCGUAAACAUGGUUAUAGAGACGAUGUCAGUGACGAUGAGAAGUAA